AUGACCAUCACCCAUGUCGAUCCGCAGGCUUUGCUUUACGUGCUCUCGCAUCCCAAGGAGUCAGAGACCGAGUUCCAUGACUGGUACAACAACGAACACGGACCGGCUAGAUUGUGCCUCCCGUAUUUCAGUAACGGGUACCGAUACAAGGCCAACGACGGUCAGACUCCGGAAUGGCUAGCCACAUACGACAUCGAAGACGUCAACAAACUGGAGGAGGAGUCAUAUAAGCAGCUCAGGGAGUCACGCUCAGAGCGGGAGACCCGUGUUAUUGAACAAGAAAUAGAGAUCCUCGACAGGAGAAUGUACACACUGGUAUCGUCAAGAGGAACGGCGGUGCCGGAGCCUGGGUCAAUACUCGUUGCGGUGGCUAUAGACGUUGAAAACGAACACGAAGAGGAUUUCGACCGAUGGUAUGAAGAGGAACACAUUGACCUAUUAUCUCAAGUGCCUGGCUGGCAGCGCACCCGUAGAUUCAAGCUCUUCUCGGCAACUGGUGAAGGUACCCCAGCACUCAAGCACCUCGCCCUUCACGACUACCGCGCCCACAACGGCCUUGAUGGGCCAGAGCACGCCCGCGCGACAUCGACACCCUGGCGCACGCGGGUCAUGAAUACCGUGCGCGCGUCGUACCGCCGUACCUACGCACUUUCCUACAUCUUCUCCCCGGGCGCGCGCGACCUCAGCACGUCCCCCGUAAUCGACUCCAUCGUCCCGUCGCACGACGGUACCAGCCUUCACUACCUUCUCGAAGGAAACCCGGAUCCCGACGCGCCAACGCUCGUCUUCUCCAACUCGCUCAUGACGGACCUGCGCAUGUGGGACGCGCUCGUGGACCUCAUAAAGGCGCAAUUUCCACAGUACCGCCUCCUGCGCUACGACACGCGCGGCCACGGACGCUCCAUGCUGCUACCGGACGUACCCGCAGAUUUUGACGCCCUAGCCGACGACAUCGCGGCGCUGCUCCGCUCCAUUCGUGUCUCCAAAGCGCAUGCGGUCAUCGGGGUGAGCAUGGGCGGAGUCACUGUGCUCAAUUUCGCCUUGCGCCACCCUGACAGGUUGAAUUGUUUCGUCGCGGCGGACUGCAAUGUCGCCUCCUCACCGGCAAACAGCAAGGCCUGGGCGGAGCGCGUCCAGCUCGCAGAGGAGCGGGGAAUGUCGGCCCUCGCCGACUCGACCGUCCAACGGUGGUUCACUCCCUCUUCCGUAUCCACGUCGCCCCCCGCCUUGGAUGACGUGCGCCGUCAAAUCUCAGAGACUCCACUGGCAGGGUUCAAGAGCGGAGCCGGCGCACUAUCGGACUACGGCCUGAGAGGGAGGCUGGGCGAGCUUCAGGUACCUGGUUUGUUCGUGGUAGGGGCUGAAGAUGGCGCGUUGCCGGCGGCCAUGGGGGAGUACGUCGCGAGUGUGCCUACAUCCGUCGGGCUGGUGCAGAUACCGGAGACGGGUCAUCUGCCGAUGGUGGAGAAGCCCGCAGUGUUUUUAGACGCGAUCCGGCCCUUUUUAGUCGCUCAAACCUGA